AUGGAUAGAGCGGCGCUGCGCGCGGCGGCGAUGGGCGAGGAGAAGGAGGGCGGCGGCGGGAGCGCCGCGGCGGCCGCGGAUGGGGGCGCCGGGGCCGCGGCCAGCCGGGCGCUGCAGCAGUGCGGGCAGCUCCAGAAGCUCAUCGACAUCUCCAUCGGCAGCCUGCGCGGGCUGCGCACCAAGUGUGCCGUGUCCAACGACCUCACCCAGCAGGAGAUCCGGACCCUGGAGGCCAAGCUGGUCCGGUACAUCUGCAAACAGCGGCAGUGCAAGCUCAGCGUGGCUCCCAGCGAGAGGACCUUGGAGCUCAACAGCUACCCCCGCUUCAGUGACUGGCUCUACAUCUUCAGCGUGAGGCCCGAGGUGGUGCAGGAGAUCCCCCGCGAGCUCACGCUGGACGCCCUGCUGGAGAUGAACGAGGCCAAGGUGAAGGAGACGCUGCGGCGCUGUGGAGCCAGCCCCGAGGAGUGCGGCCGCCUGCAGCACGCCCUCGCCUGCCUGCGGAAGGUCACGGGCCUGGGAGGAGAGCACAAAGAGGACUCGGGCUGGAGUUCAGUGGAUGCUCGGCGGGAAAGUGGCUCUGGGCCUUCCACGGACACCCUCCCUCCAGCCAGCCUGCCCUGGCCACCAGGCAGCUCGCAGCUGGGCCGAGGGGGCAGCAGCACCCAGGGCCCACGCUCCGUCUCCGUGUCAGCCCUGCCCGCCUCGGACUCCGCAGCCCCCGGCCUGAGCGAGGGCCUCUCGGACACCUGCCUCCCUCUGCACACCAGCGGCCGGCUCACCCCCCGCGCCCUGCACAGCUUCAUCACGCCACCCGCCACGCCCCAGCUGCGCCGGCACGCCAAGCUGAAGCCGCCACGGACGCCCCCGCCGCCCAGCCGCAAGGUCUUCCAGCUGCUGCCCAGCUUCCCCACGCUCACCCGGAGCAAGUCCCACGAGUCGCAGCUCGGGAACCGCAUCGACGACGUCACCCCCAUGCGGUUUGAUCUCCCGCACGGAUCCCCACAGAUGGUACGAAGGGACAUCGGACUCUCCGUGACGCACAGGUUCUCCACCAAGUCCUGGCUGUCGCAGGUGUGCCACGUGUGCCAGAAGAGCAUGAUGUUUGGAGUGAAGUGCAAGCAUUGCAGGUUGAAGUGUCACAACAAGUGCACAAAAGAAGCCCCCGCCUGUAGGAUCUCCUUCCUGCCACUAACUCUUCGGAGGACGGAAUCUGUGCCCUCGGACAUCAACAACCCGGUGGACAGAGCAACCGAACCCCACUUCGGGACCCUCCCCAAAGCACUGACAAAGAAGGAGCAUCCUCCGGCCAUGAACCACCUGGACUCCAGCAGUAACCCGUCGUCCACCACCUCCUCCACGCCCUCCUCGCCGGCGCCCUUCCCGACAUCCAACCCCUCCAGCGCCACCACACCACCCAACCCCUCACCUGGCCAGCGGGACAGCAGGUUCAACUUCCCAGCUGCCUACUUCAUUCAUCAUAGACAGCAGUUCAUCUUCCCAGACAUCUCGGCCUUCCCGCAGACAGCGCCGCCCCCCGACACAGCUGACGGCGUCCGGCCCGAUGAGCAGCCUGGAGCCGAAGUGGACACACUGGAGGCUCCUGGAGCGGAGGCUGAGGAGCCAGAGGCGGGGAGGUCAGAGGCCGAAGAUGACGAGGACGAGGUGGACGACCUGCCCAGCUCCCUGCGGCCCUGGCGCGGCCCCAUCUCCCGCAAGGCCAGCCAGACCAGCGUGUACCUGCAGGAGUGGGACAUCCCCUUUGAGCAGGUGGAGCUGGGCGAGCCCAUCGGGCAGGGCCGCUGGGGCCGCGUGCACCGGGGCCGCUGGCACGGCGAGGUGGCCAUCCGCCUGCUGGAGAUGGAUGGCCACAACCAGGACCACCUGAAGCUGUUCAAGAAGGAGGUGAUGAACUACCGGCAGACGCGGCACGAGAACGUGGUGCUGUUCAUGGGCGCCUGCAUGAACCCGCCCCACCUGGCCAUCAUCACCAGCUUCUGCAAGGGGCGGACGUUGCACUCGUUCGUGAGAGACCCCAAGACGUCCCUGGACAUCAACAAGACGAGGCAGAUCGCGCAGGAGAUCAUCAAGGGCAUGGGCUAUCUCCAUGCCAAGGGCAUCGUGCACAAGGAUCUCAAGUCCAAGAACGUCUUCUACGACAACGGCAAAGUGGUCAUCACGGACUUCGGGCUCUUUGGGAUCUCGGGCGUGUUCCGAGAGGAGCGGCGUGAGAACCAGCUGAAGCUGUCCCACGACUGGCUGUGCUACCUGGCGCCCGAGAUCGUGCGUGAGAUGACGCCCGGGAAGGACGAGGACCAGCUGCCGUUCUCCAAAGCUGCUGACGUCUACGCGUUCGGGACCGUCUGGUAUGAGCUCCAAGCACGGGACUGGCCCUUCAAGGCCCAGGCCGCCGAGGCGCUGAUCUGGCAGAUUGGAAGCGGGGAAGGAAUGAAGCGCCUCCUGGCCUCCAUCAGCCUGGGGAAGGAAGUCAGCGAGAUCCUAUCUGCCUGCUGGGCUUUCGACCUGCAGGAGAGACCCAGCUUCAGCCUGCUGAUGGACAUGCUGGAGAAACUGCCCAAGCUCAACCGGCGGCUCUCCCACCCUGGCCACUUCUGGAAGUCAGCUGAUCGCUGGCGGAGCCGCUACUCCGGGAAAGGACGAUAUGGCCACGCCGACUUUAAGAACUGCUGUCCGGUUCUGGAGGAAUACAUUAAUGGCAGCAAAGUUGUGCCCCGCUUUGAAAGGUUUGGCCUGGGGGUCCUGGAGUCCAGUAAUCCAAAGAUGUAGCCGGCCGUGCAGUCUCUGCUCCCGUCUUUGUUUAAAACAUGUUGCUAAAACCCCAGACCUCCACGACAACAGACGGACGCUCUGCCUGCCCAGCGCCAUGGCCCAGGAGUGCGAGGGGCCCACUCCGGACUGCUUAUCCACGGAGCCCCGGGCUUCUGGAGCCCGACACACACACAUACACACACAGAGCCGCCACCACCGCUCUUUCUCCCAACACGGACGCCGCCACCAGCUCACGCUGUACUGAACGACAGCUGACGACACGUGUGUGCCCGCUGCGUGAACUUGAUGUUUCACAGUAGGGAAUAAUUAAAGCAGUGUGUGCAGAGGCGCAGGCCCGCGGCCAGCAGGGUGGAAGUGGCCACUGCUCCGGAGGACGCUGCAGGCAGUGAGGGGCCCACAUGGCCAGGCAAAAGUGAAGCCGCAAGCCUGAACCCCAGCAGUGGGGCGUCUCCCUGUCAGAGCGAUGCCGGCCCCUCCUUGUCCCACAGAGGAAACCCUGGCUAGGAGCCACCUUGGGUGAUGGGGUCAGCAGUUCCCAGAGAGCUUGGGUUCCCCCUCCUGGCAAAAUCUACCCCCUCAAUGUCGACUCCCAGCCAUGGUUUCUGCUGUAAGGUGACCAAAGAGCCAUAGAUGUGUACAUGUGUGCUUCUUGCAUGAAGACCCCCGGCAGGCACCAAAGCCAUGGGACACAGGGCCUCAGCUCCAGCCACAUCCCUGUUCCCGACUGGCACUGGACUCCGCCGGGGGAAGGGCCCUGCAGCAGUGGCACUGGCGUGAGGGCUGCCUGCAUGGAGGAGGGAAGACAGCAGAGGCCCCCGAGCCCCUUCCCUGGAGAACCCCUUCUCCAGUCGCGCCAGGGGCUCCAGAACUGCCCGCCCCGUCCCUGCCCAGCCCUGAAUUGUCCGCCUGUGCUCUGAGCUCAGAGCUGUUCCACCCCUUUCCUUUAGACUCGCCUAGCAGCUGAGCCUCCCUGCGCUGCCAGGCCUCCCACUUGUUCCCCUUUCAGCCAGCAGCAGAGGCUGGGUUUGAGGGAACCUCUGCCCACCCAUCAGUGAGAAAGUGUCCCCCAGAGACAGGUUCCCAUGGCAGCAAGGGUGCCGGGAGGGAGGGGGGAGCAUCAGGCUCCAAAUCCAGAAAGCACAAGGGGGACCGGGAGGGCGUGGGGGCUACGCUCAGCUCCGGUGGGGGCUGGCCAGGUGCCUUUCCUCCACACCAGCACCAGCAAGGCCCUGGUGUCCAGAGCCUGCCCGCCCUAGAUCCAGGCUGGAUCAGCACUGAAAUGCGCCCCUCUGCUGAGCAGCUACGGGGCUGCCUCUUGCUCCCCAGGCCAGCACGCAGAUACCCAGGCCCUGGGCCUCUUAACCCCUUCCAGCCAGUGGCGAGGAGGAAAGAGCCCCUGUCGGCAGCGGGCUCAGCCCUGUGGGGACCGCAUGAGGUCGUCCUCAUCCCCAGGUCCCCACGACCCCAAAGCUACUAUGGUGGAGGCAGACCCCUCCCACAUACCUGCACCUUCCCACGUCCCCCCGGUGACCCUACUCUUCCCUCGGAUGAGAACAGAGCUGUGGACACACUGCUCAGUCUCACGGACUGGAUGCUUCUACAUGCCCUGACUUCAGGCCCCAGUGGCGGUGCGGCUCACAAGAACCCAGUGUGUGCGUGGCAUUUUCUCGCAAGUACCUGCCUUCAGGGGCUGGCCGCUGGGAAGCUACUAGGGACACAGUCCCCGUCCCCCUCACAGGUCCUGGCUCUGGGCCUGUCCCCUCCACACUGCCUGUCAUUUACAGAAACCCCACCCCGGUCCCCCUGCCCUGUUUAUUGAAGUAACUGUGAAUCGAGGUGCGGAAGACACGCCUGCCUUGGAAACACGUGGAGAAUGACAGAUACUGUGAAUUCAGCCCCCACAGCCAACUGUGAAGGAGGUGGAGAAGGGCCCCCUGGGAGCUUCCAAGGGCUCAGUGGAGCCCAACCAAGCUCGGCCCUUCGAGGCGCCCCUCGAUCCCAGCCUCACUCCGAAGCCUGUGGCCCCCGAGCUGUCUAACGCAAGGUCUUGAACCCGUGCUGGUUCGGAGUUAACUGUGAGCAGCCUGUAGCAAAAUUGGCUUCCGAACGUCACCGGGUCUGAACGCCCUCUGCCAUCCUGUGCCGUUUCUCCCUGUGCUCACGCAGGGCAUUAGACGCCCAUCCUGGGAGGGUCUGGGCGGUGGGGCGGAGCCCGUGCUGAGAGGCGGCUGGGAGUCAGAACGUCAACAGUGCGUGCAAACCAAGCCUCUGGCCGCGAGGCUCACUCUUGCAUUUUUUGAAUGUGAUGUAAAAUUUGUACAGGAAAAGUUUUUAUAUUUUCUAUCAACUGCAUUUGUCUUCCAGAAAUGCUAUUAAUUUAAAUUAAAAUGGUUAGUAUUA